UGUAAAGAAAUCGUUUGGGAUAGCAGGGAGAUGGGCCUUGCUGCCGUUCCCUCUACAAAUAGCGCUCGGAACUGACAGUGCUGGCACCACCAAUUCAUCACCAACAAGGCAACAAUUCCGGCUCCGGUUCUUCGGAAAUGGCGAGGCGGGCCCUCUCCGCGCUGCUUCUCGCAGCUCUGGCGUGCGACGUCGCGUACGCCAAGUUCGGCAGGCACAGCUUCCCCGAGGGCUUCGUCUUCGGCACCGGCUCCGCGUCGUACCAGUACGAGGGCGCCUACAAGGAAGGAGGCAAAGGUCCCAGCGUGUGGGACACUUUCAGUCACAUACCAGGUAAAAUCAAGAACAAUGAUACCGGCGAUGUAGCUGAUGAAUUUUACCAUCGAUACAAGGAGGACGUGAAGCUCCUCAAGGACAUGAACAUGGACGCCUUCCGGUUCUCCAUUGCCUGGACCAGGAUCCUGCCAACUGGCUCCCUGAGCGGAGGAAUCAACAAGGAAGGGGUGGCCUUCUACAACAACCUCAUCAACGAGGUCAUAGCAAAUGGGCUGAAGCCAUUCGUCACCAUCUUCCACUGGGACACGCCCCAGGCCCUCGAGAGCAAGUACCAUGGCUUCCUCAGCGAGAACAUCAUCCAGGACUACGUGGACUUCGCGGAGGUGUGCUUCCGCGAGUUCGGCGACCGCGUCAAGUUCUGGACCACGUUCAACGAGCCCUGGACGUACGCGUCGCAGGGCUACGGCACGGGCGCGCACGCCCCCGGCCGGUGCUCGCCGUUCAUCUCCAAGUCCUGCGCCCCCGGCGACUCCGGCCGCGAGCCCUACGUCGUGACGCACAACAUCCUCCUCGCCCACGCCAGGGCCGUGGCGCUGUACCGCGCCAGGUACCAGGCGGCGCAGCGCGGGCAGAUCGGCAUCACGGCGGUGUCGCACUGGUUCGUGCCCGCCACCGACACCCUCGCCGACCGGAGGGCCGUGCAGCGCAGCCUGGACUUCAUGUACGGCUGGUUCCUGGACCCGAUCGUGCGCGGCGAGUACCCAGGCACCAUGACCAGCUUCCUCGGCGACCGGCUGCCGAGGUUCACGCCGGAGCAGAUGAAGCUGGUCAAGGGCUCCUACGACUUCAUCGGCGUCAACUACUACACCACCUACUUCACCUCGGCGAGGCCCGCGCCCAACGGGCUCGCGCAGUCCUACGACGGCGACAUCCGCGCCAACACCUCCGGGUUCCGCGACGGCGUGCCCGUCGGCGAGCCGGAGUUCGUGCCCAUCUUCUUCAACUCCCCGGCCGGCCUCCGCGAGCUCCUGCUCUACACCGCCCGGCGCUACAACAACCCCGUCAUCUACGUCACCGAGAACGGCAUCGCCGAGGAGAACAGCGCACGCAUCCCGCUCAGGGAGGCGCUCAGGGACGGGCACCGGAUCAAGUUCCACUCCCAGCACCUGCAGUUCGUCAACCACGCCAUCAGGAACGGGGUGAACGUCAAGGGCUACUUCACCUGGACCUUCAUGGACUGCUUCGAGUGGGGGGACGGGUACCUCGACCGCUUCGGCCUCAUCUUCAUCGACCGCCUCAACGGCCUCAAGCGCUACCGCAAGCAGUCGAGCUACUGGAUCGAGAGCUUCCUCAAGAGGGGGAAGACGCAUUACUGAUGAUCGAGAGCUCCAUCGCCGGCUUUAAUUAGUUGGUGCUCCAGCGCCCGGGAAUGGCUGGGCCUCGAGAUCAAUAUAUAUCCCGCCGUGUUUAAUUUAUCCGUAGAAGAGUGAUUGAGGGGCCGGGAAUUUUAAUUUUCAGAGAGUGAUUGCUGUCUGCUGCCUGUAUUUUACUGUUUCUAGUUGCUGUCGCUGAGAGCCCAGUGAGUGCAAAUAAAGCUCAUGGUCGAGCUAGUUUAUUAUCAGUUCAAUUGGGUAAUGUAAUUCGAUUCUUCUGAAGCGAAAUAAACCAACACGUGCUGUGCACGUUUCAAUCAGAAACACAUAUUUUUCA